UACUCUCUCCACAAGGAUCCAAUCCAUCUUGGUUAUUCGUCCCCACGAUGGCGUCCAAGAACCAAGUUGAUCUCGAGUCCCAGAAGCCCAUGCCGACGCACGCCGUCGUUGCAUCGGCUCCCGCAGCUUCCGUGCCGGCUUCUUCUGGUACAGGCUCCGUCGUUGCUGGCAUCUCCGACGCUGCGCCGGAGACCCAGCCACUCCUGGCUGAGCCGAACGGCCACAGCCAGGAGGAGGGGCUGGGAGACGGUGGGGGUACCGACGACGAGACAACGCAGCUGGAGCGAGCAAUGGCGCAGGCGUUCCGGAGCACCGCCGAGCUGGCCAAGCACCUCCCCACCGGCGCGGUGCUCGCGUUCGAGGUGCUGUCGCCGGUGUUCACCAACGGUGGCAAAUGCGACGACGUGAACCGCGUCAUGACGUCCUGGCUUGUGGGGCUCUGCGCCGCGGCGUGCUUCUUCCUCUGCUUCACCGACAGCUUCCAUGACGCCAAGGGGACCGUGCGGUACGCGGUGGCCACUCGCCGCGGGCUGUGGGUCAUCGACGGCACGCCGGCGCCGCCGCCAGUGGAGGCCGCCGAGAAACGGAUCAAGUUCAUCGACUUCUUCCACGCGUUCUUGUCGGUCAUCGUGUUCAUGUCCGUGGCCAUGUUCGACGGGAAUGUCGGGGCGUGCUUCAACCCUGUCAUGUCCUACGACACUCGGCAGGUGCUGACUGCCGUGCCGCUUGCCGGAGGGCUCGUCGGCACGCUGCUCUUCGCCACCUUCCCGUCCACACGGCACGGGAUCGGAUUCCCGAUCCAUGCUUCCUGAGAUACGCCUGUUGUUGUUGCUACGAACUAGCAGCUGAUUUCUUUGGGUUGCGUGUCUCCAUGUUCUUAGAGCUAGGUUUGUUGUGCCGGGGUCGUAUUGGGAGGGUUGACAAACACAGACAGUACCAUUGGUUGGGAACUUCGGAUAUUCCUGGACAUGCAUUAUUGUUUAUAUUUUUAGCUUGCGACCUCAAGUAAUUAAUACCGGUGCAAAUGUAUAUUAUAUGCAAUUAUUAAUUUCAUACGUUCGG